AUGUGUGUUGGCCGGAUGAACGCACAACGACAGCUGGCCAGGAAGCUCACGGCGCUCGUGGACUUCAAGAAAUUCAUAAUGGCAGCUGGGAAGGGGGAGGUGAACCGGCUCGACACGCUGCUGCGCGUCUGCAUGAAGAGGAGGAUGUCGCCAAAGGCCAUGUUGACGCUGCUGGACAAGGCUCUUCGCAAGGUGUACAAGCCAAAGUCCUUCACGGAGGCUGAAAAACUACGAGGGCUGGUCAUGCUACAGUUAGGCGGCGCCCGAGUUGCAGAGAUUGCCCACCGAGCAACGGACUCACCGGCUGUCAGUACUCUGCGCCAUCACUUGUGCACCCGCCCUAUCCAGAUAUCACCGAGGAUGCCAACACUUGAGGAGAUCUGCACAAAUAUUCAGGCGUCAGUGCCAGAUGUCAAGGUGUCGUUGAUGGACAUGGUGAAUGCGGCAAGCGAGGCAGACAGCGGAGUGGAGGGAUAUAGUAUCAUGGUUGACAAGAUCAAGACGGAGUUGAGAGUGAGGUGGGAUGAGCGUACGAACAUGAUUGUGGGAGCUGGCAGAGAGGAUGCGGACAAGGUGGAGUUGGAAUUUAGCUCUGUAGCCGAGGUAGAAGCCCUCUGGGACGCGGUGAGAAUGGAACGGGUUCAUCUGGCAUCAGAGGCAAUGGUUGCAGCGAUCGACCAUAUACCGAGUUCGCCACACAGUCGGACGUCCGCAUGUCCCAUUGUUGUGUCAGGGACAUGCAAGCGGGAAGAUGCAGUGACGCACACUCGCCUCUUACAGACUAUAAUUGAUGCAUGCCACACGGAAUCUGUGAAGCUUGCGGGGCGGCUGUACAGCCUGGCGUCUGACGGGGAGACGCGUCGUGGUGCUGCGCUUGUUCUGCUCACUAUGAAGAAGAAGCUAUCUCCUCAAUUAGAUAUUUAUUGCUACGUCGGGUCCCUCAGGCUCAUGAAUGAUCUAGUGGGCGACAAUGACAUAACUGCUGACAAGGAUUGGAAACAUGUGUUCAAGCGGCUGCAAAAUCUCCUCAUCCGGCUUCUCGGGAUCAAGAUCUUCGGUGUAUCAAUUCCCACUCCAGUACUCAGCAAGCACCUCACCUCUACGCGCACAUGCACCGAGCAGCAGGCUGGUGCUUACACCAACCCUAACAACAAGCAAGACGUCACACUCGCCCUCAAUUUCCUCAAACGUGUGUGGGAGAUUCCACCUGCAUCUGACAUGGAUGAGCCGACCACUCAAGUUGCUCAGCUUGCUAUCCAGCGGUUCGGUUGCUUCCUCAAGUUUCUUCUCGUGCCGUAUAUUGAUCCCUCCAUGUCCCUCCACGAGCAGCUUGUCUCUUUGAGUGCCACAGCCCACCUCGCUCUGUUGAUGUAUACCGAUGCAGGACCAGGCAAUGAGUUCAUGCUGAAGACCCUGUAUCAGGACAUCCAAAUUAUGAUCAAGAACGUGUAUUACUCUGUUGCCAAGGCCAAAGUUGACAAACUGGAUGGCAACUUCUAUAUCAUAUCUCUGGGGACCAAUCGACUGGAGCAGCUUUUCGGUAUCUAUCGCACAAUCAUUGGCAGUGACGCCAACACAGAUCUUCUGCAAUUGGCAUAUCAAAUUGCCAAUGUGGCCGAGGUGGGCCAGAUCCUGGCCAAAUAUCCAGAAUGGGAUGUCCUCCUGCGCCGCCUUAAAGCACUCAUCCUGGAUACUUCCGCGGAACUUUCUGCCAAAGUCGAUCACCUCAACCCGGCUUCCUGGCUCGGCAACGUCACAUUGGCUCCUGUGCAGCCCCUGACCGUGUGGAAUGAAGGUCGCCGC